CACACAUCCUUCCAUGUAAAGAAUAAGGGAAAAAAAAAUAAAAUCAUAAGAUAUUGCUUUUAGCUCAUCCUUUUUUUCUUUCAAGACUCAGAGUCAGGGAUGUGAAAUGUUACCUACAUUUCUGCAGUUAAUUACGUUCCAAACUUCCAAAUUAUUGUAGGAUGAACAAAUAAUCAUCUCUGACCUUGUUCUUCUUUAGGUUACACAUGAUCGAAUGCGUUUUCAGUACCCUCCAUACAAAAAACACACACCAAAAAAAAAAAAAAUUUUAACGAGACGGAUAUUUCAUAUUGCACAAGACAGUUAUUGUAUGGGAAAACCGAUCUAGAGAGAGGACCCACAAAGAGCUACAAAAAAACCUCCAUGAAUCACUGAAUUCUUUCUCUUUCUUUGCAUAAUGGACCUGUGACUGUGUGAGUAGUGGAGUCACAUUUCUCGCAGGCAUGUGAUUUAUAUUACUACUGACAAACCCCAAAAAUCAAAACUUCCCCUCAUUCUUGUCGGCGCUAAUUCCUUCAAUUUCUCAAUCCCUUCUUUCAACUCUCUCCCAAUUCCUCAUCCCAUAUAUCUCCAUACCCGUGACGCCAAAAAAAUGUAGCCAAAAUAAAUUAAAAAAAAACCCAAAAUCGAAAACCAACCAAAAUUCAUCCCUUCCACUUCCACAGCACAUACUAUAUGAAACACCUCAUUUUUGCAACAAACCCAUAGCCAAAAAAAACCCAAAAAGAAUUUUUUUUAAAAAAACCCAUCAAAUUUCCCUGGGAGAAAAAUGAAGAAGCUGGUAGCUUUAGUGACCAUUUUUCUUAUAGUGUUGCCUUUUAAUGAAGCAAGUUAUUUGGAAUACGGAGAGGCAUUGUCGAAAUGCAUAAUGUUCUUUGAAGGGCAGAGGUCGGGUUACUUGCCGGCCGACCAGAGGAUGGGUUGGAGGGGGAAUUCAGGGCUGGGUGAUGGGUGGACGGUGAAUGCGGACUUGACCGGCGGGUACUACGACGCCGGCGACAACGUGAAGUUCAACUUUCCGAUGGCAUUCACGACGACGAUGCUGUCGUGGAGUGUGAUCGAGUUCGGCGAGUUUAUGCCUCCCCAAGAAUUGAAGAAUGCUUUGGUUGCCAUCAAGUGGUCCACUGAUUAUCUCCUCAAGUCUGUUUCUCAAUUGCCCAAUCGCAUUUUCGUGCAGGUAAUUCUUGCUGAAUAGUGUGUGACUGUGUGUGUUAAAAUUGACUCACUUUUGUCUCGUAAUGUUUACGGGAAAAUUUCGAUUGAAUUACGUACAUUUUUAAUCAAUGUCUCUUUCUUAAACCAUUUUCUACAUCCAAAAUACCGGCCGUUGAAUGGUUUUUGACAUGAUUCUGGAUGAGUCUUGACUCUUGAGGAUAUAAUUUUUUGCUUUUCAGAAAUUGUAAUAAUAUGACACUUUGUCUCAAAAUAAUGAGUCGUAUUCGCUAUAGAACUAACACGUUUGAUCAUACAAGUCUAAUACACCUAUUUGAACACUUUAAUCCUCUUUGCAUGGGAGCUAAAUCGCAUUAGUCAUUACAGAAAGGGUAUACUCCCUUCGUUCCAAAAUAAGUGUCAUCCUACACUUUGUACGUAGUUUAAUAAACUCUUAAAUUAAGUAAUAAAAUUAAUUGAAUAUCCUCAACCAACACUAUUAAAAAAAUGUCCAUCAAUAGUAUUAAUUGUUUUGAGGGUAAUUUUAAAAAUUGAAAUGUGAAAACAAUACUUAUUUUGAAAUUUCUCCAAUUUGUUAAAACGAUAUUUAUUUUGGAACGGAAGGAGUAAAUUCAUUAAUUAGUUAUUAACACAGGACACGUAUAAAUGUAGUAUUAUGAUUUGAUUAAGGACAUGAAAGGUGUGACUUAACUGUCAUUGAAAUUGAAUAGUGACACGAUGAUGGUAGUCUUAUUUCAUAAUGUAUUAUGAUAUUUUUAUUUACCACAACUAGAAUUUUGGGAGACUUAAAAAGAAAAUUUAAAUUUGGAGAUUUAAUCUUAGGUUUGGCUGCAUUAUGAGUUUAUUAUGAACACAAAAAACAGACUUUUGUUAUACUCUGCUGAUGAUAAUAAAAGUGGGUCGUAAUAUUAAUCCCGUGACAGUUCGCAGUUCGUACCGUACUUUUUCUUUUUGCUUUUCCUUUGCUGAUUAAAAUUAGAGGAUGAUAGAUAAGUAUGCUAAUUUUGUGGUUCAUAUUUUUUAGAGUGGACAGUGGACGUCACUGACUUUUAUGCCCUGCCUCUUGUGUCUUGUCCGCUGUUUUUGUCUUUUCGUCGAAGGUGUUUUUCACUUUUAUGACAUCACCUAAAAUCACUUUCAUUUUUCUUGUACUACCUCAAUUAUUAUUAUUAACCUCGUACUGUAUCAGCCAGUAAUUUUGAUUAGGAUUCAUCUAAUUGAAAAAGACACAGUCCAGUUACUGUCUUUUUUUUGCCGUUUUGAGAGUGUUGAACUUUGAACUCACAAUUUCUAAUUGAAGUUAUGAAAAUCCUACCUAUUGACCUAAUUGAAUCCAGCCAGUCUCAUUCUUAAAUCACUUCACUUCUUUCACUCUCUUCAGUUACUACUCUUAACCUUGAGAGUUUCACACUUUCAUUUUCACUUCUUAAAUUUUUACCCUACCUUUAGGGUUGUUGGAACAACCUUUGGUGGUGAAUCCAGUAGACCACCAAAUUUUGACAAGUUGCAUUGACAUUUUAUUUCACCAUUAGUGUCAAGGCUUCAAAUAUAAUAUUUUUUGUUCCAAUUAAAAUGAUUAUCUAGUUUAAUAUUUUAGUUCUACUACAAUUUUUAGUAUAAGUAAAAAAUUAAAACUUGACAAUCAUUUUGGGAUAGAGUAAGUAUAAUUAUUUUUUUGAGAUAGAAAAAAAUAUACUACCACAUAAUAGAUUAAAAUAUUUGAAAUACUCCGUGACAUCUGGGCACUUGCACCAAUUGGUUCUGCCGUAUUGGGAACAUUGUAGGAGUCAAGUUGCGAGUAAAAUCUUCUUGAUCGUCCCAAAACUGGCAGUCUUUUUGUAAGAAUGCCAUUGUUCGUGACAGAAAAAUGUGUUAUUAAUAGUAAGAACUUGGUGGUUGGAUUCUGUACAAGAUCGCAGUCAUUAGUUUAUAUCACUGGCCAUGUUCACUGACUCGUUCCUUCCCGCCAUUUCUUUUUUGUCUUGUUCACUGACUCUAACUUUUCACAGGUAAAAUUUUAGAAAAAUGUAUUACAUUGCUAUUGCCUUUUGACAUUCGAAGAUUAACAAAUUGUCUACGAAAUUUAUGCUCCUUCUCGCAGUCAUUUUAGGAUGAAGGAGCUACUUCAUUUUUAUUAAAAAAAAAAAAGAAAAAAGAAAAAAAAGGCGGGAAAAACAGUUAAACACCAAAAGGAAGGUAAAUGAGAUGAUGUCAAAACACUUUUAAUUCAUAAUGCUGGACCACAUAUUUCAGCUUUGCUUUCCAGGGAAAAGUCACUGGACCAGGAUUGGAUUAAUGCUGAGGCGACAAAAAAGAAAAAGAAAAAGAAAGUUAGUUUAGGUUUAUUUUUCACGAAACUGAAAAUUGUGAAUCAUCAACAAAUCAUAUUUGUUACUGAAUUCUUUUGACAUGGUUAUUGGAGAAUGAAUAAAUUAAAUAAAAAGUCAUUGUAAUUUUUGACGGUGUAAUUAGAUGAUAUGUUGGUUUAUUAUAUUAAUUUUGUUGCAGGUUGGGGACCCAGUUGCGGACCAUAACUGCUGGGAAAGACCGGAGGAUAUGGACACUGUUAGGACUGUCUACACCGUCGAAGCUCCUAAUCCGGCUUCGGAUGUAGCCGGUGAAACGGCCGCGGCAUUGGCAGCUGCCUCGAUCGCAUUCCGAUCAGCGGAUCCCGGCUAUGCCGAGACACUUUUGAGAACUUCCACAAAGGCAUUUGAAUAUGCUGAUAAUUACAGAGGAGCUUACAGCGAUAACUCAAAUAUUAGACAAGGGGUUUGCCCGUAUUACUGCGACUUUGAUGGAUACCAGGACGAAUUGUUGUGGGGAGCAGCUUGGUUAAGGAGGGCAUCGCAAGACGAUUCCUACCUCAGUUACCUACAAAACAAUGAGAAACCAUUGGGAGCUGAUGACAUCAGUAACGAAUUUGGAUGGGACAAUAAGCAUGCUGGCCUCAAUGUCCUUGUUUCUAAGGAGGUACUUGAAAGCGGGACAUACAGUUUACAAUCAUACAAAUCAUCGGCCGAUAGCUUCCUGUGUACAAUCAUCCCGGAAUCCUCAUCAUCCCACAUAGAAUACUCUCCGGGAGGCCUAAUCUACAAGCCCGGUGGCAGCAACUUACAACACGCCACAUCGAUCAGCUUACUCUUACUCGUUUACGCCAACUUGUUGGAACGAUCAUCCCAAACAGUAAACUGCGGUAACCUAGUUGUCGGACCAGCAAAACUACGUAGCAUCGCGAAGAGGCAAACGGAUUACAUCUUAGGCGAAAAUCCUAAAGGAAUGUCGUACAUGGUAGGCUAUAGUGACUUAUAUCCACAACGAAUCCAUCAUCGUGGAUCCUCGCUUCCUUCAAUUAAGGAUCAUCCUCAACCCAUCGGUUGUAAAGACGGCUCGCCUUAUUUUAACUCGUCGAGUUCAAACCCGAAUGUGUUAGUCGGUGCCGUGGUAGGUGGUCCAGGGGAAGAUGACAUGUUCGAUGAUGAUCGCGGCAAAUAUCAACAGUCUGAACCAACAACUUACAUCAAUGCGCCAUUUGUUGGCGUGCUGGCUUAUUUUGCUGCCAAACCUACAAUUAGUUAGUUAGAAUAUUUUCUCAUUUUCUGUGCAUAGCUCAGAAUCAAAAGGGAAAAAUUAAGUGAGGAGACUCAGGGUCGGAGGAAUGCAAAUUAGUCUCUCAUCUUGUGCAAAGCAGAAGAAGGAAGAGGCUGUGGGAAUGAAUUAAUUCAUUUCCACAUUAGUCUUAGGUGUUGGUAAUUACUAGUUACCAAAAAGUAGCUCAAUUAUUGUUGUACUGCUUAAAAGCAGAAUUAAUGGGACAUGUGACAUGUUGCAUCAUUUACCUUAAAGUUUAAUUUUGAUGUGAAAUGUCUCAAUUGAAAGUUUGCAACCCUCAUAAAUUUUAAAGGUUUUUGGGCUUUUCCAAUGCUCUCCCCCUCCUACGCUGUCAAGGUUGAUCAUAUCAUAGU